GGAGAGUGGAGGCGGGAGCGAAGUCUCGCGAGAAGAGGCAGUUGCCGUAGCGGAGCCCUCUGGCUCUGGGAGAGUGUGUGAGUGGCUGUGAGCCGCCGCCGGAGCCGCGGACGGUUUGCCGAGCCCGUUAGUGCCGCUGGCCCAGACUCCCGCCGCCGUCAUGUCCCGCUACCUGCGCCCCCCCAACACGUCUCUGUUCGUCAGGAACGUGGCCGACGACACCAGGUCGGAAGAUUUACGUCGGGAAUUUGGUCGUUAUGGUCCAAUAGUAGAUGUUUAUGUUCCACUUGAUUUCUACACUCGACGGCCAAGAGGAUUUGCAUAUGUUCAAUUUGAGGAUGUUCGUGAUGCUGAAGAUGCUUUACAUAAUUUGGACAGAAAAUGGAUUUGUGGACGUCAAAUUGAAAUACAGUUCGCACAAGGGGAUCGCAAGACACCAAAUCAAAUGAAAGCCAAGGAAGGGAGGAAUGUAUACAGCUCUUCACGAUAUGAUGAUUAUGAUCGAUAUAGACGUUCUCGAAGCCGAAGUUAUGAAAGGAGGAGAUCAAGGAGUCGUUCUUUUGAUUACAACUAUAGGAGAUCUUACAGUCCUAGAAACAGUAGACCGACUGGAAGACCACGGCGUAGCCGAAGCCAUUCCGACAAUGAUAGAUUCAAACACCGAAAUCGAUCUUUUUCAAGAUCUAAAUCCAAUUCAAGAUCACGGUCCAAGUCCCAGCCCAAGAAAGAAAUGAAGGCUAAAUCACGUUCUAGACCAAACUGCAGCUGGAAUACCCAGUACAGUUCUGCUUACUACACUUCAAGAAAGAUCUGAAAGCGGAAAAAAGAACCAAAGAAGGGCAGUUCAAGCGACCAAAGGGUGGGUGGAAGGUGCUGCAGUAUGAAUACUGUACGAAUAUUUUGACUCUGGUCUGAAAAGAUAAAAGAAUUAUCGAAAACUACAUGGAAUAAUUGAAGUCCCUUCAAGUUUGAAAGUAAGCAUUUUAGGACAAAUAAAAGGAAAUUCAACUUUGUACUUGUGGAAACUAAUCCCUAAAUAUGAACAGGUAUAUUGACUCAUGGGUGGCAGAUCCAUGAUAAGUUAUUGGAAACUAGGAUGUCUGAAUAUCAAGGAAGACAGCCAUAGUCUCUAACAGUGCCUCUCUUGGUCUGUCUCAAACUAAAUUGGAUGGUAAAGGUAUGGUCCAAUAUAAAGUUUUUCUUGAUUAUCUCUUAAAAGUCAGUUCCACUUACGCCAGUGUUGGCAGGUCUUGCCUUUGUUUAUUCCAGUGCCAGUAUUUUCUGCUUAACUGUUUGUUUUGUUGGCAUCUGAGUUUAUUUACUUGUAUACCAUGUGCAGUUUACAUCUAACCACUCCUUCCCAGGUUAAUUCCACUUAUACUUGACAUCCAACUAUGAGGGCCCAUCUCUUUCUCACCUCUUGGCUAGACAGUAUGUUCAACAGACAUUUAUUGAAUGAACCUUUACUGUGGGCAAAACAUUAUACUGGAUAAUUGGAGAAUAGUUACUUACUUAGUAAGUACCUACUGAGCACAAUCUAGUGAAUCAUUACAGUAUGGCUACAUCUUGAGGUGUAUUGCGAUAUUUCAUACCAUUCAUAUACUAAUGUAAUUACAAAACAAUACACUAUCAGAGAUAAGUAAUUUUAUGGUUGUCUGCCAUUUAAAAUUAUCUAGUGUUUGUAUCCCAUGACUACAAAUAAUGAAGAAAACCUGUGAUAAGCAGAUUUAUUGUGCAGUGAUUAAUAUACUAGACUAAUAUAAAUUGUUAACUUCUGGCUCAAACAAAUAGAUAAUCCCCCAAAUAACAAGCAUUUAACUUUGCAUUAAAACAGACCCUGGGUGCUAUAAUUAGAUUAUUUUGAGGCAGACAGCUGUUACCCCAAUGGACUUAGUAUAUUCUGUAUUGGAAAAAAAAAAAUGUUUACCAGGUUAGACUUUUUAGUGAUCUACUUGUACAUUUUAUAGGGGACGUAUUCUGUGUAUAGUUAAUAACUUUAUAGUGUCGCAAAAUGUUUUAGAUUCCUUGGUUCUUUGUUAGGAUAUUAACUUGUUUAUCAUAACAUUGAUUCCAUCACAUUUGAAUUUUUGUUGUAUUUUUGCCACAUAUUUAAAACAAUGUCAAAAUCUGAAAUCUGGAAACAGUGUAAAGCCUUUAUAACAAUUUAUAAAAUGUAGUAGGAUUACACAUAAAUGAAGGGAGGUAAAAAUGAAGGUUAUUUUAUCUGUGUUAAAAACAAACUUUUUUCAGCCUGCCCAAACUUAAAAAGGCAGCAGGUACCAGGUGAGAAUUUUAAAUUUUGGCUUCAUUUUUGUUGCUGUUUUUAUUUUGAAUCAAGUUGGAAAUGCUUUUAUAGUUUUAUUUUCAAGGACACAAUAAAAACUGAUAAAAACUGAA